AUGACAUUCCAAGCUGGAUAUAAACAGGUCAUUCUCUUUGAUAUCUGGAAAACCGAAACUGUAGGAGCUAUGAUUGGGGCUGUGGCAAUCGUAUUUGUUCUUGCAGCUUUAUACGAAGGUUUAAAGGUGUUCAGGGAGCAUCUACUUAUCCAAGCCCAAAGCAGAAUUGCAACCUCUGUACCUGUCCAACCUACCAGUGUAAGGAAGGAGCAAGAUGGAUCUGUCAUAUUCCUGAACAAUGAAUCUUCCUCUGAGAAUGACAUAACCACGUCCGAUGGGUUGCGUAUGUGCAGUAUUGACCACGUGCUACAGACUGUCCUGCACCUUAUCCAGGUGACCGUAUCCUACAUACUGAUGCUUAUUGCCAUGACAUAUAAUGUGUGGCUGUGCAUAGGUGUGGUGUUUGGUGCCGCUGCAGGUUACUUUUGUUUUGGCUGGAAAAGAAGCGUGGGCAACCAUGUGCAUGAUAGUACAGAGCAUUGCCACUGAGGCCUGGCUUUGUGAAUGAGCAGUCACCUAGUAGAAACUGCUACGCUCAGUCUAAACUAUAUCACUACUUAAAUAAUGUACUAAUCCCAAGGAAUUCAAAUUUCCAAUGGCUUUAUCUUUUAAAACCAACGGUUAAUACACACUGGGUGGGGAACAACGUUAUUGACCUCGUGUAUGUGGCAUGCAAACGUGUAAAAUACUGUAGAAGAUCUAUGUAUAUUUCUACGAAGGUAAAUGUGUGUUGAUGUACAAAUCAAAGGUUGUUGAAACAGAUUUUAAUUAGAUUUAAAUAGAUGGAAUUGUAGGGAGAUUUUAACGUUGUGUGGCUGGUAGUUUUUUUAAAUAAGCAAUUUAUUAGUGAUUAUGUUUCUAUUGAAUACGUAAUUGUGGUUGAGAGUAACACCUAGCAAGUGUAACACAUGCCUUGUAAUGCUAAAUAAUUACUGAGUCAGUGCUGAGUUGCCAUGGG